UUGGUGGAGUUUAUCGCAAUCAUGGACCCCAUUUUUAGCGCAGGAGCCUGUUACAAAUGGAAAAAUAAUUGAUCCCUCUCUGUCUGUAUUGAGGAUAAGAGCAAAAAAAAGGAUAAGGCCAGCCAACAUCAUCAAUAAGAUAAAAACAUCACACUACGAUCUCCCCAUUUACAGCAAGUCAUAAUUUUGUGUUUGCCAAUUGAGAGAGGUUUUAAGCAUAUGCUUCAUGGGGUCUUUAAUGGCUGGUUGGGACUCUCCUGUCCUGGAUCAUAAAUCAGUGAAAUACAAGAGAAAUUGGUCAUUUACGAAAGAAGAGAUUGACGCUUACUGGAAAUUAAAGAAGAAAACAGAGGAGGAACAUCUCAAAGCAAUUUCUACUCCUUCAGAAAGCAUUAAUCAGGAUGGUACAUAUGAUGACUAUGGAGUAAAGCUUCAGAGAUCAAGCUCCUUGCCUGAGGCCAAGAGAAAGGAGAGCCUCAUGGGCAUGGAAACUGAUAAAAGCUUGGAGGAAGUCAUAAAGAAAAAUGGCUGGUGGAAAAGGAGCAACUGGGCAUUUCUGAACGAACCUCCUGUGCUGGAACGCUCUUCCAACACCUACGCUGCGCAGUUCCACAUUGCCAAUCUUGCCGACUCGAAACACAAUAAUACUGGAAUUAGUGCUUAAUAUUAGCUUUGCUUUCUACCCUAUCUGUACAUGUGUUUGAUCUAAGUUAUCACUAUAAGAACAUGUAUAGAUUAUAGUAAUUAAGAUCUGUAAAUAUGAGUAUGUGUGAGGGUUGGGAUUUUCAUGUGCAGAGUUUGGCUAUGCUCUAGCACCGGUGAAUGUGACUGUCCGUAGAAUUGCAGAAAUUAUAUUAGUACUGUGAUUGUGAACUUUAUCUAAUCUGCAGAUUGAGAAGAUUUUCUUUUCCUUUUAAAUAAAAAAUUAUAAAAAAUCUUACUUUACCUCUUUCUAAAUAUAUUAUCAACAAAAAUGAUUGUGGAGUUCAUUUU